AUUAAAUAGGUGCAACAUGGCUGUUAUUAGUGAUUCAUUCAUCGAUAAAGUACAGCGUUGUGGUUUGACUACAUUUGCUAUUUUUGGUUCUAGUAUUUGGCUUGGAAUGGUAAUUUGGAAACGGUUGAACGCUAAAGCGUACAAGGAGCUGCCCAAAGUAUCGGAAACCGAUGAACGAACAGUAUCACAUUUGCCUGUGCUCAGUGCUCCAGUAUUGAGAGGCUACACACUUGGCUCCAUCACAUGGAGUGUGAAAAACGUGCCUUUCUUCCGAAGCGUCAUUGCUCAGACUGUUAAAAGCAACCUUCAACUCGAGGGAUUCUUCAGACGUCGUCUCCUGGACCCAAUCACCCACUUUCCACUAGAGAAGUACCCACCUGGAUAUGUUCCAGCAGCCGAGUUUGAUGAUUCCAUUGACCUUUCGUGGCUAGAGCAGUUGUCAGAGGAAGAUGCCUAUGUACAAGACAGAGCAACCAUCCUUCAGUUCCACAAAGCCUACAAGUCUGGCAAGUUGACCCCUUCUGAAGUGGGCGAGUGUGUGAUCAAGAGGAUAGAGGAGCUAAAGGCCCGCAAAUUGGACCUCAACAUUGUCACACAGUAUGACCCACAGGACAUCAGGGAGCUAGCGGCUGCCAGCACUGAGAGGUACAAGAGUGGUAAUGUGUUGUCUGUAUUGGAUGGCACUCCAAUGGGCGUCAAGGACUUCCUCAAAGUGGACAAGUUCAAACUGACUUUCGGAUUGGCCAACAAGGGAGACAGUGAGAGGGAGCAGCAGGCAAUGGAGGACAGUGCAGUGUUGCGCAUGAGGAUGGCGGGAGUUGUCAUCAUUGGCAUCACCAGUGCACACGAGGGGGGACUGGGGGGCACGGGGGCGGCCAUCAACAGGAAGAAUUUCCACGUGCGAUCUGCAAUGAACACAGACUACUGUGCGGGAGGGAGUAGUGGGGGAAGUGGGGCUGCGGUGGGGGCGGGGCUGUGUCCUCUUGCACUGGGGACAGAUGGGGGAGGGUCUAUUAGGAUACCAGCCUCAUUCAAUGGAAUAGUGGGAGUGAAAGCUACAUUUGCCCGUGUUGCUUCUGAUCUGAACCGGUCUCCCCUGGUUCACACUGGACCACUCUGUUGGACAGUAGCGGAUGCCCUGGCAGCCUACCACUACAUAUCAGGGCCCUCUCUCAGACCGACUCCCAGUUUGACCUCGUUUGUGCCUCCGAAGAUACAGUUCAGAGAUGGGUUUCAGGAACACUUCAUAAGUGGAACUCUACCUGAGGGAUUCAAAGUGGGAAUCGAUUUCGCCUAUGUCAAGCAAGCAUAUGACGAGCAAGUGGGAGAAUGUGUGUUGAAAAUGGCGGAGAAACUGAAGCAAAAGGGAGCCCAGAUUGUGCCUGUGAACUUUCCAGAGAUAUUUGAGAGCUUCCGUGCAUUCGUGGUGACAUUUGGGGCCGAGGGUGUAUUCCACACGACAUAUGGCGAGUUCAACAAGUACAAGGACGACUAUUCGUCCAAUUUGGUGUUGCUGCACACUUUGAGUUCAAAAAUCAAAGCAUCCCAUUUUCUCUUAGCUGGCCAGCAGAAGACGCGUCUAAUCCAGUUUGUGCGAGAGAUAGUGGAGAGGGUGGAUGUGAUUCUGUUCCCUGGCACAGGAACGAAGCCUCCCCCAGUGCACCCGGGUGACCUCAAGUACGGGGUUGUCAAUCUAGGUGGAGAGACAGAGAUCGCAAGAUAUACCUGGUUGGGCAACAUGACUGGACUCCCUGCAGUGCAAGUGCCAAUGUGUUGGUACCAGAUGGUCAACACCGAUCCCUCUGAAGAGCCACAGACGAGUGAGGGAGAGAAAAUUAAAACGGAUGGCACGGAUUAUGUUGGCAUCAAAGGAGACACUGAUAUUCCGUGUUCUAUUCAGGUGCUCGGAAGUUGGUGGCGGGAGGACAACUCCUUCCUAGGAGCACGUGCUCUAGAGGUCAUCCGAAACAGCAUGAUGGAGAAGAGAUCAAAGGUCAAAUUCCAGCUGAAUCUCAACUCCAUGCCUGUACCUGCCUAAUACACUCAAGCAUCUACGAAUAUAUGAAAGCUUUAAUUGAGAACACCAAAGAAACAAAAAAGAGAAAGAAAAUCGACAAAGAAAGAUUAAUAGACGGAAUCCAAUGACAAAGAAUCAAGAAGUCAAAAUGAUCUCACGCAACAAAAUCCAAAAUAGCCAAAUAUGAAAACUCACUUUAACUUUUUGAUUGUUUGUAACGAAACAAGAAAUAUAUUACGCUCUUUUCUAUAUACAUUAAAGAUUUUUUACUAUUUGCGACAAAAAGUAGGGACAAUUUUGCAUCA